CCGAGGGCCGGACCGUCCUUCUGCCCGCCAGCUCCGCGCAGCGCCGGCGCCGGCAUGUACUAGGAACAUUUUGUUCUGCGUGAGGGUGAGGACUGACCAGCGGUUCAUCUCUGUCUGAUACCUGGUGCAGUGCCCAGCAAACAAGGCCGGGCUCACGGACACGAUGGCGGCCAAGCAGCCCCCACCUCUCAUGAAGAAGCACAGCCAGACGGACCUCGUGAGCCGUCUGAAGACGCGGAAGAUACUGGGCGUGGGCGGGGAGGAUGAUGACGGCGAGGUGCACCGCUCCAAGAUCAGCCAGGUCCUGGGCAAUGAAACCAAAUUUACUGUUCGGGAGCCUUUGGGCCUCAGGGUUUGGCAGUUCGUGUCUGCUGUGCUGUUCUCCGGCAUGGCCGUCAUGGCCCUCACCUUCCCUGACCAGCUCUACGAUGCGAUCUUUGAUGGAGCAGAGGUGACCAACAAGACCCCCAUCCGCCUCUAUGGCGGUGCUCUCCUCAGCGUCUCCCUGAUCAUGUGGAACGCUCUGUACACGGCCGAGAAAGUCAUCAUUCGGUGGACGCUGCUCACGGAAGCCUGCUACUUUGGGGUCCAGUUCCUGGUGGUCACUGCCUCGCUAGCUGAGACAGGCCUCGUGUCCCUGGGGGUCCUGCUGCUCCUGGCCAGCCGCCUCCUUUUCGUCGCUAUCAGCGUUUACUACUAUUACCAAGUUGGCCGAAGACCCAAGAAAGUCUAGCAGCCGCCGGGCCUUGGCCCCCGCCGAUGCCUGGGGCAGGGUGGCACUGGGGCCUCUGUUUCCCUUUGGUUCCUCGAGGGCAGGAAGGACCCUGCCCUGCCCAGCACCUGGUGGGCAGGGGCACAGGCCUUCCUUUCCUCCUCAGGCUCCUGGAUGCUGUGCUUUCCUGGGCUUUCAGUCCCAGAUGCUGGUUUGUGGAGGCACAGGGGUGUUUGCUCCCCAGUUCUCUGCUCACACAGUGACACCUCCUUUUCUUGGGUCUCUUGGUCUUCAGAUCCCCUCAGUGGGCAUUGAAAGUCUUGAGUCGUGGGGGUAUUGGGCAAAGUCAGGGGUCGAGCCCCUCUGCCAGGAAGCCCUCCUUUGUUUUGAGAGAAGGGCUUUUGUCCACACCUGGAAAGCCUGAGAACUUGACCCUGCAGCCCUACCCUUCAAUCUGGGCCCUCCCACCAUAAACACACACACACACACACCCCUUCCCAUGGCCCCGCUGCAGGCUGAGGAGGCAGGGGUGGGCCCUCUUUGACUUGGCACAUCCCUUCCAGCCUGUCUGAGGUUGGGCCACCCAACCUGGGCCCCCCAGGCCUGGCCCACCCCAAGCUCUCCUGAGGCCUCAGUUCUAGGCUGCUUUGCCUCUAGGGCUGCCUCUGCCCCAGGCCCCCAAAGGGAGCCCCCUCCCUCCCACCAGCCUGGUCCAGAGGCUGCCAUCAGAUACAUCCACAGGCCCUUCUGGGCAAAGGGACACACAAGUCACUCCAGCCUGACGCUCCUGUAAGUGACAGGGCUUGGAGAUGGAGGAAGAAAAGCAAGAGGCCUUGGUGUUUCCUUGUUCCUUGGAAUCCCCUCUAGGGCCUCACGACCACCUGGCUCAGCCCUGCACCCCCACCCAGGGUCCCCUCCCCAGGGGGCUGUCCUCUGGAUCUCCGUCUUGAGUAGGACUUGGUGGCCCGUGGCCCAGCAGGGGAAAUCAAUAGAAGUGUCUCAGCAGGCUGGCUCCUCUCGCCUGCCCCCUCCUUACUGGCGGCCCUGUGGGGAGGCCUGAGACGGGACCCAGCAGCCCACCAAGAGUCCUUGACUGACAGCAGACCCCCUGCCUACUCCCUGCAGGCCGCAGCCAGCGUGGCCCCAUAGCCCAUGCUUCUACCACUCGGGUGCCCACCUCAGCAAAGGCAACCCCAUGUUCUGGGGUGAGGGGUGGAAAGAGGCAGCCCUGGGUGCCCAAAGCUGCUUCCUUUGUCGGAACAACAGGGAGUUGAGCAAGAUGGCCCUCAGGUUCAAUCUAGCUCUGGCUGCUGCCCAGGGUGGCCUCUACCUGGGGUCCUGACCAGGGAACUUGUCCUGCUCACAUGCUUCUGCAGCCACACACCCAGUGAUGUGGCCUGUGCCCGGCUGGGUGGUGGUAUCACCCCUGUCAUGCAGACACUGGGCCCAGGCUGUGCCGCAGGAAACUGGCUGAGCUGCAGUGGGAGCCUGGGCUCUAAGAAAGGGCUCUGCUCUUUACUGGUGUCCAUCUCUUACCACUUAAGUUUGUUUGUGUGUGUCCCCAGAAUCCCAGGCCCCUGUUGCUGAGCCCUGGGCAGGCCAGGCACCCAGUGCUUUCCUUAGGGGAGGUGUUGACUGCCAGUGGGCAGAACCCCCACCCCUGGAACAUAACACCCCCUCUGAGCCAUGGCCUGUAAGGUCUGGCUAGUUCUCUAAUAGGUGAGGGACGGUUUGUCCUCCCCAAAGCCACUGGACAUGCACAGUGGGUAGAUUCCACCCGAGGGGGCAGGCGGGGGCGGGGGAAAGCAUGGGCUUUGGAGUCAGGCCCUGUAUUUGGGAAUGUUCUGGGCUGAACCUGCCAGGCUGCUGUUUUCUCAACUGUGUCCAGGUUCUGGUGGAAAGAUGUGCUUGUAGAAUGCCACACUGCUUAAUGAAACACGAGUGAGGCCUUCGGAGGGGCAGGCUCUCAGGAGAGUGGAUCAGUUAAGGCCCAGAGGACAGACAGCUCAUGGCUUGGGGGACAUGAAGCAAGGAUUCAUGGUUGAAAAGGGGAGAGGGACAAAGGGACCCUCAAAUCCAGUGAGGACUGCCAUGUACGGUCCCAGCUCUCCACUCUGCAGGUUUGGGGACAACCUCUCUCCUCAUCCACCCCUGCGACUGGAACCCAGCACCCUCCUUCUGAGCUCUUGUCAGCCCCAGCCUUCGCCCACCCCAAGUCAAGACCAUCUUUCUUUGCGGUCACUAUUUAUUCUUUGUCCUUUUUCUUUUUGUAAGAAACAGUCACAAAAGCCAGUGCAAAACCUUCA